AGCGGGGUGGCAAUCAGCCGUAGCGUUGGCUAGAGCCGGAGUUGGUGGAAGGAGGCAGCUAUGGCGUACGGCGGCCUACUAGUGCCUAUCAUCGUCAUGAGCGUUUUCUGGGGGGUGAUCGGUGGAGUUCUGCCGUGGUUUGUUCCCAAAGGCCCUAACCGGGGUGUUAUUAACACAAUGUUGGUGACAUGUGCUGUGUGCUGCUACCUAUUCUGGCUGAUUGCCAUUCUGGCUCAGUUGAAUCCUCUCUUUGGACCACAGUUAAAAAGUGAGACAAUCCUGUAUCUGAAGGAACACUGGCCUUAACACUUAUUUCCAUGUCUAUGGCAGUAUGAGCUAGGUUAUGAUAAAGCUCCAUUGAUUGAACGAUGCCUUUAAUAUAUUUUGAAUCCAUCCACAUCUACCUUAAUGCCUUUGUUCUGUUAUGAAGAAUAUUUAACUCAGACUUUUUAAUACUCCUGAAGUGCCUAAUGGGUAUUUUGUACCUGAUUUCUGUACAAUUUUGCUUGAAUUUCAAGUGUUACAAAAUGUUCCAUCAUUCCUAUGAUGAUGGCUAGGUGUACUGAGAACACCCUGUAUCCCACCAAACAAACCUGGAAUAAAUUUCUAUUCUGUUUAA